ACUUUGUGGUGAAUUUUCCGGCAGAAAUUAGGAAUGAGUAGUUCGUCGCCGGCGCAUUCUUCGAUAUCGACGACGGCAAUUGCCGGAGAAAGAAAUGGAGGCAGCAAUGGUAGUGGUGCUGCUGCUUUGUCCACAGACGAUUUCUACUUCCCAACUGAUCUCAUUUCGAUUCAGGAUCGAAAAGACGAGGCAAUGCUUGUUUUAAAGGCCAAUCUCAUGGCUGCACUUAAUAAGGAGGUUAAAUCGCUCGAUGAAGAUAGCUGGAUGUUUGAAGGGCCACGGUCUCGUAUCAACCUAAUAUCCAGACAAGGGGGUUUUCUCCAGAAGCGACUUGGAAUUUCAAAGAAUUGGAAUUUGGCCGGACCAAGAUGAUUUUCAGCACCUCAUAGAAUUUUUUCUAUCUCUUUGUUUACAACUUUACAUGAUGUGAGUAUCUUGAACCCACGUUUUCCAAUUUCUUCUUUCACUGUUUUCUUAGGAGUUGACAUGUGAAUCAAACAAUAUAAGCAUCUGCAGUUUCGUCAACUUUGUCCAUGAAACAAUAUAUAAACUGUUGUAUUGAUCAGGAUGAGUUUGAACAAACGUGCCCCAAUGUUUUAGAGUGAUGACUGAUCAUGUGAUCAUGAUUUUUCCGGUUUGUUCU